AUGGGCGGGGUCUUUCAACCACCGUGGUUUGUCGCCGUGAGGCCUAACAAGGUUGAGAUGAAUCUCAGCUCUAUUGUUGCUGGCAUCUCUAUCUGCACAGGCAUUUUCUCUUUCGCAAAAGGCGUCCUCCAAACAAGAUCGAUAUGUGCGAAGAAGAAUAGGCCCAAUGCUUACGUCGUGAUGGUGUGGAUUGAAUGGUCGGUCUGUAUCACUAUGGGCAUCAUAUGUUGGCUAUACCUCUGGGGAACGAUACCACCUUCGUUCCAGUUCUUCUUCCUCCUUGUCACAUUAUGGGUCUUUCAAACCCAGUGCUUGAUACAGAUUAUAAUUAAUCGAAUCGCCCUCUUGGUGCCCGAUCAAACUCAAAUCAUAAGGAUGAAAUGGGGCAUAGGAAUUGUCUUCGGCCUGAUCAAUCUCUCCGUAUACCUUAUUUGGAUCCCCGCACGACUACAGAUAAACGAAACUUACAUUAAAAUAAACGAUAUCUGGGAUCGGAUCGAAAAAGGAAUCUUCUGUAUGAUCGAUGUUGCCCUCAAUGUCUAUUUCAUCUACCUCGUUCGGUCUGGUCUCAUUAGCAAUGGACUCACCAAAUACAUGCCGCUUUUCAUUUUCAACAUUAUUAUGCUUACCUUUUCCCUAUCUUUAGAUAUCAUCUUGAUUGGAGUCAUGUCGCUUGGGCAGAUAUACUUCCAAUUCCAUCCAUUUGUGUACCUGCUCAAGCUCUAUAUCGAGAUGAAUAUUACAGAUCUUAUCGCGAAGAUCGUCCGUGAAGAUAAUCGCGUGUCCUAUGCUUCGAAGACAUUUGCGACAAAGGCGGGUGCUGCCGCUGCGGCGAAAUUUAAUGGCACCGGGACACUAGUUUGCUCGAGUGAAACCAGAUUGGCUACGCCGACAAAUAACACGAGAUACAGCCAGGAGCUACAAGAGAUCAAUAGUCAAGAUGACAACCCAUUCAAGGCCAAUCCGAAUUGUGGUAUUCGGAAGACUGUGGUAACGGAAGUUCAGCACGUCGAGGACCUCGAAAGACAAGCAAGUCGCAUAAAUAAUUGGGACUCUGACUCACCUCGACCUCCACCACCAUGCCUAAGAAGACAUUCAUCUAUACCUUAAUUAUUCCGGAAUUCGCUACAGAUGUUAAUCGAUACCUACCUACCUACUCAUCCAUCUAUUCAAGAAGGUCUUGGGGUUUGUGAAUACAAGAA